AUGUGGCGGGUGCAGUGCCUCCGGCUCCUGCAGGAAAAGGAGAGACGGAGGGGGGAGCGGCAGCCGUCGGAGCCGAGGCAGGCCGAGGCGGAGAAGGAGGAGGGGGGGCUGCCGGGGAAGCCGUCACAGCCUGCGCGGGAUGCCGCGGCGAGGAACGGGGGCUGCGAUGAUACCGCUCCGUCCUCUUAUUUAGGGGGGGGGGCGAAACAGCAGCACUGCAGCCACCACCAGGGUGGGGAGGGCUCCCAGGUGGGGGCUGCUGAGGCCUGCGCCGAUACUCUGAGCAACUCUCAUGGGAAUCCGCCCUCGUCAAAGAUGGGUGCUGCAAUCAAAGUUUCCACCUUGCCGUUACCUGUGGAGUUCAGUGGAUGCCAAUUGUUCAUGACUUUGCCCUGCGGCGAGAAGACCUUGCCAGUACAGCUCGUCGCCAAUCCCGGCCUUGCUGUGAAGGCUGACGAUGAUGCUGAAUCUCAGACCACUUCUGCGGCGCCUGUAGUUCGGAAAGGCAUCUUUGAACACACAAAGGGAGAGGGCCUUCUGAAACAAACCGAAUCAGUGCAAGAUGUGGUAGAGCACUUUGGUGCGAGGGAGACCGAUAAGCGCUUGCAAGCGCGACGGAAGUUAGAGUUUCAUAUCGCUCGACACGAUCAGCUCCUCAACGCCAUUGCGAAGCUUCAACGAACGGCGGCGGAUCAAACUUCUCGGGUUCCCGAUUAA